CAACCAGCUUUGGCAGAUGUGCCACACUUAGCCACAAUACCGUCAACUAGUGCAAUGGACGAGGAUGGUAGCAAUACAAUUAUAGAUCCUCAAGUACCAGAUUAUGUGCAAGCCUGCAGUCCAGAAGGGUCAACGGGUGCAUAUCCAAGCUCACUCUGCUUGCCACAUGCCAAUGACCAGUGUAAUGGUGGAAUGGUUGACCCCCAGAAUAUGGGCCCCAGUUGUUCCAGUAGCCACAGUGAAGAUGCAGGUUACGAAAGUGCGAGCAGUCCAUACAAUGGAAGCUAUUUUAGCCCGCAAAUGGUGUCACCAGUAUGUAGUUACGAUAAUGGUAACGAUCGUGGAUAUGCACCCGACUUAAAUAAUCCUAGAAGUCUGAUUCAAGGGCAGAAUUGCUCACUGGGAGUAGGAUACAGUCCGGCAGCGACAAUGACUCAAAAUAAUUGUGACUACAUACAGGGUGAACAUCCUAUGGACGUACUUGCCGAUACAAGUACGGAGUUCUCAAACCCUGCGCUUGAUGAAAUUCUUCGGUCUCUAAUAAAUCAGCCCACGUCAGACAAUUUAGAUGUAAAUAUGGCUCUUGUUUAUUCCUCUAUUGAAAGUUUAACAAGUAAAUCUCCACCAACGGUAUCUACAAGUGUAAAGAAUCCUGCGGCAAAUUCGUACGAGUAUUUGAAACCAGAAACUAAAGCUACAAAUAACACUUUGCCAUUUCCACAGAGGAAGCUGUCUGAAAAAAGAACUGAUAAGCCUUUGUUACGUAGUUUCCUUACUAUGCCUAAAGAGGCUAUUCCCAGUCAGCCUCCUGGUGGAUUUAUUCAAAUGUGUAAUAAAAAAGAUGAAAAGGCUUCGGCUUUUGCGAAAGGAGUUAACAACCCUGUAGCAAAACAAGUGAAUAAGAGUGCUCAAAUCCAAAAUCAGACUUGCAGAAAUAACAAUAAUUAUAGAGCUAGUGUUUCUGGAUCAUUCUCUGAAUGCGAAAAUGGCCCAGUAGACAACAUGGACAAUAGUGAAGCAUUGGAUUUUGAUGAAAUUCCCGAGUAUGCGCUUCAGUAUCUUGUAAAUGAUUUUACCGAUGCACAGGCUCAAGCUCUGAUAGCAGAUUUACAAGGUGAAGGUGGUUUGCAAAAUGAUUCUUUCAUGGACACUUCAGAAAGUGAUUUUACGAAGGAUUUUGUGAGUUCUCUUGAAAGUCAGAGUGCAAAUGUUAGUACAGGCUCUGAAAGUGUAGGUUUCAGCUCUUUGGCUGGUUCCCAAACAGGUAGCAAUAUUCCAUUCUCUCAGUGUAAGACAGCAUGUUACUCCUUGGGAACCAGUACGAAAUGUAACUCCAAUCCACAACAGAAUUUAAAUUCUGGAUUAAAUGGAAGUAGCAUGUCACUUGGUAAUUACCGCUCAGGAAACUCUGGGCACGAUCAUGUGUACCACCAAUCAGUGAACAGGUUAAAUGGCCAAAAUAGACCAAGGUUUCAUAAAACGCCAGAAAAUCGUGGCAUGUGUGAUAGAAUUAAUGGAGGGCAGAAUACCUGCCACUCACAAACUCAAACUUCAGAACAUUGCAUGUCUGAGUUGGAACGCCAUUUAAGAAAUAAAUUGACUUCUCGAGCGAUGGGGUGUAGUGGAGGCCAAAGUCGGUGUAUUAUGAACUCGGACAAACCUUUCCUCCAGCAACUUCUGACAGGGGAGUUAACAAAUGACAUGUACAUGAAAAUGGAGAAGAAGCGAUUCGAGGGUAAAAGUAGUGUACAAAAGUGAAUGGAAUUUACACAACAUAUCAUUGUUACAGAAAUUUAUCCCAGUUUGUUUUUGUGUGUGCUUUGUGUAUGACUGUUUGGUAAUGUGCUUUAUAAACAAGCCUGGAAACUUUGGUGGACUUACAGCACCAGCAAGUUUGCAUCAUAUUCUCAUGUAAUGCAAGGUAGAGGAGAAAUUAAUUACAACUUUAACAACAGGACCUUUUAAUGUGGAUUCACUGUAUCAAAAUUACUUUUCCUGGUCAUGGAAAAUUAGAAACAAAAUUCAUAAUUUUACAAAAGUGUUGUUUUUUUUACUUAAAUUGAUGUUAAUGAUACAUGUAUAUAUUAUAUAUUUGUUUUGAGGAGCAGCUAUAAUGCAUAAGUUGUUCUUUUAAUUCCAAGUGUAUUGUAACAGGAAACUUAAUUCUACAUUUUUAGUUAGUCGUAGGAAUAUAUGUAGCAUUCCAGUAAAAUUCUAAAUUGUAUCUCUUAGAAACAAGAAGUGCUUAAAUGUUAUUAUACACCAAAGGGAUGUAUUAUAUUAUGACGCUGGUGUCCGUCUGUCUGUCCGUCCAUUAGCAAUUUCAUGUCCACUCUCUAACUCUUGAACCCAUUGAAGGAUUUCGAAGAAACUUGACACAAAUGUUCACCACAUCGAGGUGACAUGCACAGCGCAUGUAUUGGAUGGUUCGCUUCAAGGUCAAGGUCACACUUAGGGGUCAAAGGUCAUAUGACUUUGUCUCAUGUCUGCUCUGUAACUCUUGAACUGCUUGAAGGAUUUUAAACAAACUUGGCACACGUCAUCAUAUUGAGACGACGCGCAGAGUGCAUGUUUCGGAUGGUUCACUUCAAGGUCAAGGUCACACUUACGGGUCAAAGGUCAUACCUUUGGAUGUAUAUUGCUUGGGUGUAUAUUGCUCCACAUUGCAGUGCUCUUGUUUUAUUUUAGUCCUUUAUGAAAUAUAUCCAAUUUUACAGACUUUUUUCUCUUUUGUAUAGAUAUUUUGUACAAUAGGUACCUGAUUAGUGCUUAUGAAUUACUAAAUAGUACAGGUUUAACCCUUUUUCUUUUUUGUUGCAUCAUUUUUGAAAAGAAAAGAUACCUGAAAACUGCUUAAUAAAAUAAGACCUCUUUUAAAAAGUAAAGAAUGGAAGCCAAACAUUUGCCUUAAAAUGUCAGUUGUUUUGAAACUAGACUUAGGUCUCAGAUAAGACACAUAUGAGCUGUGCCAUGAGAAAACCAACAUAGUGGGUUUGCGACCAGCAUGGAUCCAGACCAGCCUGCACAUCCACGCUUUCAAAGCCUAUUGGAAUUGGCGAAACUGUAAGCGAACAGCAUGGAUCCUGACCAGACUGCGCGGAUGCGCAGGCUGGUCUGGAUCCAUGCUGGUCGCAAAGCCACUAUGUUGGUUUUCCCAUGGCGCGGCUCAAUUAUCUUAUGCACAAAUAUGCUUUAAUUUUUAAUAAAGCAGCCUAAUAUUAACAACACAUCAUUUUGUAAGAUUGCAUAUUGGUAUUGUUUCUAUCUGAUUAUUGAGAAAAGCAGCUUCCUAAGGCACUUGCAAUUUAGAUAUUGUUAUGAACUGAAAAUUUCUGAAAAUAAAUACAGAUGUUUCGAUGUUGUCCAACAUUUGGCCCCAGUUAUAUUGUUUACUAGAAUGCAUUAUAUGGUAUAGUCCUUUCUUGGAAUCAAAAUUGACCGUACAUUUAGGUUUUCAGAUAUUUUUGAAUUUCUUGUGUUGACUUGUCUAUGGCUCUAUAGUUUUCGCAAUAAGAAAGACUUACAUGUAAGUUGCAUGUAAUAAUGUGUUAGUUUUCAGAAAUAUCUAGGUUUUGUAUGAAAGAUUGUCAUAUAUUAAUUAAGGGACUUUCUUUUGCAAAAUUUUGCAAGCUUUUGUCUAUUGUCCUUGUUAAGAUUUAUUGAAGCUCAGACAGAUGUUGUGUUUUAGUUAUAAUGAGAUUUUCUUGAGAAAUAGCUGGUUUCAUUAUGUUCUUACUUUAUAAAGUGUUUUUAUACGCCUGAAGGGACGUAUUAUGUUAUGACGCUGGUGUCCGUCUGUCCGUUAGCAAUUUUGUGUCUGUCCGUUAGCAAUUUCGUGUCCGCUCUGUAACUCUUGAACCCCUUGAAGGAUUUCAAGGAAACUUGACACAAAUGUUCACCACACUGAGACGACGUGCAGAGCGCAUGUUUUGGAUGUCUCGCUUCAAGGUCAAGGUCAAACUUAGGAGUCAAAGGUCAUAUCAGUUUGUUUCGUGUCCGCUCUGUAACUCUUGAACCCCUUGAAGGAUUUCAAAGAAACUUGACACAAAUGUUCACCACACCAAGACGACGUGCAGAGCGCAUGUUCCGGAUGACUCGCUUCAAGGUCAAGGUCACACUUAGGAGUCAAAGGUCAUAUCGGUUUGUUUCGUGUCAGCUCUGUAACUCUUGAUCCCCUUGAAGAAUUUCAAAGAAACUUGACACAAAUGUUCACCACACCAAGACGACGUGCAGAGCGCAUGUUCCGGAUGUCUCGCUUCAAGGUCAAGGUCACACUUAGGGGUCAAAAGUCAUAUCAGUUUGUUUUGUGUCAGCUCUGUAACUCUUGAACUGCUGGAAGGAUUUCAAAGAAACUUGGCAGAAAUGUUCACCACACUGAGACGAUGUGUGGAGUGCAUGUUCCGGAUGACUCGCUUCAAGGUCAAGGUCACACUUAAGGGUCAAAGGUCAUAUAUGACUUUGCUUUGUGUAUAUUGCUCUGCAUUGCAGUGCUCUUGUUUUUAUUUGGCAGAUCUCUUUUUUGUACUUACAAUUUUUUUUUUUUAAUUACUUCCCUUUUAUGUUACUAUAAAUAGCUUAUUUUGAAACUUUUUUAUUAUUGGCCGUAGGGAAAAACCGAGACCACUUUUCUGUGGUACAACAUGGAUGGUACUUCCAAUUUUUAGGUCUAUUUUUACAUACCUGUACCUGAUAAGGAUUUUUUGUAGGCCUUGAAUAUUUUUUUGUGGAUUUGUUUUUUGAAGUUUUCCUUUUGUUGUUCCAGUCCUUUGGGCUACAACAGUCAAGUUCUUAAAAUUUUGCUCCCAUCCUAUGAUGUAAUCCUUCGAGCGUAUAUUGCCCCGCUUGGCGGCGCUCUUGUUCCAUUAAUUAUUGCAAUUCUAAAGUGAAAUAUAUGGUAUUUUUAUAGUGAAAAAUCUCAAAUAUAUUUUUCAUGGUAAGAAAAUGGAAAACUUUGGUAAUCAUAUAAUAAAAAGAAAAUUUGUUUUUUUUGCAUGUAAGAUCAAAGUAUUUUUCACUUGUGGACAGCAUAUCUUACAUUUUCUCAUGUGACUAUGCCAGUCAAGAAAAUAUUGCAUCUGGUGUUCUCUCAGUGAAAGAUAUUUGGAUAUUGCACUUUAAGAAACAAAUAUCUUCUAUAUAUUAUUCUAGCUGUAUUUAUCUUUAGUUUGUAAAAUGAAAUAUAACUGUUUGUUCAAUAUUUGUAUCUAUUUAGAGAGAGAGAUUGAAGUAUACAGUUAUUUUAUGUUACAACUGAAAAGUGUGUUGUAUGACUGUUAACCUUUGUUUUUAUCGAGAUUUUCCUCGUUAGAUUUUCCUGGUUAGAUCAUUCCUUUACGUGAGUUUAGAUGCUUAUUGAACCUGGUACACAAGUAGCUAUAUAUUAAAGGUUGAGGUAUAUAAAAUUUCUUGUCUGAAAUAACAAUUUAAUGUACAUUUGUACAUUGUACUUUGUUCACUUCAUUGUCUUUUCCUCGUUU